AUGCUGAUCACGGAGUUGACAGUUCUCUAUCUAAUGCUAUUUUCAUUAUUUUUAGUGUUCAAUAUGGCUCCCAUAAAGAAGAAAAAAGAUAAAUAUGAAUCACGGAAAGAACAAGUUAAACAGAAUAUGAAAAAAAUGAGAGAACGUAUUCGGAAUGACCCUGUGAAAUACGAGGAAUACAAAAGAAAAGAGAAGGAAAGGUAUGAAAAACGCAGAAACGAAGGCAAAAUAAAGAACAUAAGUGAUCUGACGAAUAGAGAAAAAAGAGAAAAGCGAAAAACUUGGAGACAUUCCUCCAAAAAAUACCGCCAAAGACUCAGAAUGAUAGAAAAUAUAGUUGAUAUCACCCCUCCAGCUAGCCCGCAAGUUAAUGAUUUACCUGAACCUCCUCAUGAAACUCCAAGCAGACAAUUGCUUCAAGGCAAAAGGCAAUCUAAGAAAAACAGACGAAAGUUACACGCUACAAUAAAAAAGUUAGAAGCAAAGAAUGCAACUUUAAAAAAGAAAAUGGGAACAUAUAAAAGAAGAUGCAAUAGAUUAUUAUUAGAGAGAAGGGGAAAAAAAAGCGCUCUUCCAGACAGUCCAACAGACAAGGUAAAUGAGUUAAUAGAAAAUAAGGAAAAUAUGAUUGAGGAAAUUAGAAAGAAAGUGCUUUUUGGAGAGGUGGUAAAAAAGCAAAUAACAGAAAAUCUACGACGUGAAAAGUUUUUGAAAGGCAAGAGAAAUAUUAUAAAAGCAGUGUCUGGAAAUGUAAUGAAGAAAUACAGGUUUCUUAAUGUCCUAACCACUUGGUCACGUAAAAUGUGUAGGCCAAAUAGGCCGUUAAACAACAAAAACAUAAAAAAGGGCAGGCUGCAGAAAACAAUUCGAGACUUCUUAGAGAGAGAUGAAUGCAGUCGCAUGUUACCAGGGAAGAAAGAUACAAUAACAAAAAACAAAGCAAAAAGACAAAAGAGAUUUUUAAGCGACUCUUUGAAAAAUCUUCAUAUAAAGUUCACCCAAACAUAUCCACAAUAUAGGAGAAUUAGUUAUGCCCACUUUUGCAAAUAUAGGCCCUUCUGGAUAUUACUACCUAAUGUAAGAUCAAGAGAGACUUGCGCGUGUAUUCAUCAUGAGAAUAUGGCUCUUAUUACACGUAAACUAAGAGUUCUAAACAUAAUUGACAGCACAUUUCCAAAUCAACUGUGUAAGGAGCUUUGCUGUGAAGAAACAAAUGAAACAUGUCUUAGUCGCACCUGUGACUUAUGUAAGGGCAAGACAUUUUUUUUGAAUAACUAUGAACCCGAUGAAGCAGUGGUUUGCAAGUUGUGGAUCAACAAAAAAGAAAAAGUUGUUGUCAAAGGAACUGAAAAAAUAUGCCAAAAAACAAUUAAAGAACCAGUUACUUUUUCAGCUAGUGAAUUAGUCACAAAACUCAAAAACGAUCUACCUAAAUAUAUGUUGCACAUGCGAAAUAUUAUUCACCAAUACAAAGUUAUCAACGAUGUUAAAAACAAUCUUGCUGACAAUGAAAUUUUGAUACACAUGGAUUUCUCAGAAAAUUAUAACUGCAAGUAUGGGGAAGAAAUUCAGUCUGCACACUUUGGGGGAUCAAAACCACAGGUUUCCUUACAUACGGUAAUUGUUUAUCAUAACAAGAACAAAAAGACAAUAAAUACAAACUAUUGUACAAUAUCAGAGAGCUUGCGUCAUGAUCCACCAGCAAUCUGUGCCCAUUUAGAACCAGUAUUUACAAGGACUAAAACGCAGAUAGGGAAAAUUAAAAUUGCCCAUUUUCUGAGUGAUGGGCCUACAACUCAAUACAAAAACAAAACGAUGUUUUAUUUAAUAGCUAAUCAGAUUGCAAAAACUUUGGAAGUCGAACAAAUACAAUGGCACUACAGCGAGAGUGGUCAUGGCAAGGGGGCUCCAGAUGGAAUCGGGGGAGCUGUUAAAAGAACAGCGGAUGCUAGCGUGGCCCAUGGCAAAGAUGUGUCUUCAUUUAACGAAUUUUUUUCUGUUUUAAAAAAUAAUUGUAAAAAAACCAAUAUUUUAUCGAUUAGUGAAGCAGAUAUUUGCAAAUUCGAUCGUGUUGUUCCGGUUAAGCUAAAUGCAUUUAAAGGCACAUUAAAAAUAAGACAAAUAUUUUGGCAUAAUGUGAAACCGAAUGUAUUGUAUUUUCGAUAUCUUAGCUGUCUACAGUGUAUUGGAAACUGUGAACAUUAUCAUCUGGGAUUAAAAAUUUUUGAAAACCACUUGAAUAAUGAUUAUGAAGCAGGACCUUCAAGAAGCGACAGGUUGAGUUAUUCUGAUGUGUACUCUUCCUCUUCAGAUGAGGGCGAAGUAAUGGAUGAAGUAACUGGGCAAAAAUUUAAUGUUGCCGAUGGUAGCUUUGUUAUAGUUGAGUUUUUAGGGAAGAAAAGAAAGAAAUACUACAUAGGAAAAAUCCUAAGUGAAGCCGAAAACGAUGAAUUAUUACUAAUCAGCUUUCUGAGAAGACAGAACAAAAGUAAUAAAUUUGUUUUCCCCAAUGAAUCUGAUAUUUAUCCAGUUCCAAAAAAAGAUAUUGUUUUGAUUUUAAAGGCACCCGAAGAACGAAGAAACCAAUAUUAUUUCGAUGAAACUGAAAUCAAAAACAUCGAAAAUUUGGAAUAA